CCGAGGGCGCCAGCGCGGCCCCGGGGAGCGCGAGGAGCCGGCGAGCGCGCGGCCUGCCGUUGGCGGCCUGGUCAGCCGCGCUCAGUGCCCACCCGCCCCGGAGCUGGGGCCCAAGCCCCCCCCCAGGAAGAUGGUGUCCUGGAUGAUCUCCAGAGCCGUGGUGCUGGUUUUUGGAAUGCUUUAUCCUGCAUAUUAUUCAUACAAAACUGUGAAAACAAAGAACGUGAAGGAAUAUGUUCGAUGGAUGAUGUACUGGAUUGUUUUUGCUCUCUAUACUGUGAUCGAAACAAUAGCAGAUCUAACUGUUGCUUGGUUUCCCCUGUACUAUGAGCUGAAGAUUGCUUUUGUCAUAUGGUUGCUCAGUCCUUAUACUAAAGGAGCAAGUUUAAUAUACAGAAAGUUCCUUCAUCCAUUUCUUUCUUCAAAGGAAAGGGAAAUCGAUGAUUAUAUUGUACAAGCAAAGGAAAAAGGCUAUGAGACCGUGGUAAAUUUUGGACGGCAAGGCUUAAACUUAGCAGCUUCUGCUGCUGUCACUGCUGCAGUGAAGAGCCAAGGCGCUAUAACUGAACGUUUAAGAAGUUUCAGUAUGCAUGACCUAACAGCUAUCCACGGUGAUGAGCCUGUGGGACAAAGACCAUAUCAGCCUCUCCCAGAAGGAAAAAAGAAGAGUAAAGCAGGCCCCAGUGAAUCAGCAGGCUACGGAAUUCCACUGAAAGACAGAGAGGAGAAGACAGAUGAAGAGGCGGAUGGGACAUACUCAGAUGAUGAGAUGUUAACGCAUAAAGGGCUUCGAAGAUCACAGAGCAUGAAGUCUGUGAAAACCGUCAAAGGCCGCAAGGAGAUGCGGUAUGGGUCACUAAAAUAUAAAGUGAAGAAGAGACCACAGGUGUAUUUUUAGCCAUCUACACUUCGGAUAUCCCGAGACAAACAAUACUAAUAAAUCGACUUCAUUUUCUAACAAAUAUUCAGGAUUUACACAUUGAAAUGAUUUUUUAAAUUAUGAGAGUGAUAGGAUUUACUUUUGUGAAUUGAAAGAGUUUUUAUUUCUCUAACAAUACUUCCAAAUACUGACUACUAAAGGUAGUUAUGCAAGGUUUAUUAACAUAUGUGUCAGAAGUGAUAGAAAGUCAUGUUAUCUGUUUGCAAGUUCGUCAGCAGCCUUGAGUGCCUGGGAUAGGAGAUGAAACAUACACCCACAGUAUACUUGAAGAGCCUCUUUUAUGGAUCAGGAUACAUCAGCCUUUGUGGUAUUGUGUUGUUUACCUCCAUUUAUGUUCUAUCACAUGAGGAUAAUAAUUAAACGGGCCUCUGAUCUGGCAGUGAUGUAAUAAGGACAUGAUGUAAAAUAAUAAGGUUUUAUACAUAGUCUUUCAGUUUUUCUUUUUAUAGUACUUUCUAGUUUUUCUACCAUCUGAAAGGUUUUGAAACAGAUAUUUGAAAACCAGGUAUCUACAUAGCACUUUUCUUCUAACGACUUUUGCACAUUUGAAAAUUGUUUACUUAUUUUACAACUGUACAUGUACCUUAAACUUUAUUGACACUAUCUUUGUUGUUGUUUGUCAUAUUCCGACAUGACACAUUUUUGCUUUGAAUUACAUCAUCUCUUUUCCUGUGGGUUUCAUUUGGUAGAUUCACUGAAUUUUAAUAAUGUAAAAAUAUAGCUAAAAUUUAACUUUUAAUUAUCUUCUUUACAAAUGAGAAGUUAUUUCAAACAUUAACCAAUUUUCCAUAUUUAGUGCAGCAUACUUGAACUUAGCAGGUUUUUUGUAGACACUGAUUAGAUUUUCAGCUUUUAAAAAUGGUGGCUUUUGUGAAUGCAUUCUAGAAAGAACACCAAGGUCUUUACCAAUUCAUAAAAUUAUCCAACAGCCAAUCUACUCACAAGCUUAGCAGUGAUCUGUGCUGCUGGUUUAUAAACUCUGGCAUUGACUGAAAUCAUUUGAAUCUCCUGGCUAAGAUAAGUUCCUAAAGAUGAGUGCCAAUACAAAAUACCAAUGUUAUUAAUCCUACGUAGUAGAAGUUAUUAGAAAAAGUACCAUUUUGAGCGAUUGGAUUCUCAAGCUUUUUCAGGUUGUACUAAUAACCUUAUUAAUUUGGAAUCCUAAGUCAGUAUAUAUUUUGGUGAUGGUUUUAGUGAUCAGUAACCAAAUUUGCACUUAACUAUGCUUAUAUAAUUUAUAUAAUUUGCUUGACCUAAUUCUUUGUCAAAAAGAAAAAAAAACAAUGAGAGUUGUGAGAUAAUUAAUUUCUUUCACCUCUUAAGAAAGAAAUCCAUGGGGCCAGCGCUGUGGCACAGUGGAUAAAGCCACUGCCUGCAGUGCUGGCAUCCCCUAUGGGUGCUGGUUCAAGUCCCAGCUGCUCCACUUCCAAUCCAGCUCUCUGCUAUGGCCUAGAAAAGCAAUAGAAGAUGGCCCCAGUCCCUGGGACCCUGCACCGAUGUGGGAGCCCUGGAGGAAGCUCCUGGCUCCUGCCUUUGGAUCAGCGCAGCUCCAGCCGUUGCAGUCAUCUGGGGAGUGAACCAGCAGAUGGAAGACUUUCUCUCUCUCUCUCUCUCUCUCUCUCUCUCUGUCUGCAUCUGCCUCUGCCUCUCUGUAACUCUGCCUCUUGAAUAAAUAAAAAUAAAUCUUUAAAAAAAGAAAGAAAGAAAUCCAGCUGGUAAAGUAUAUUUAGGACUAUCUCAAAGUAUUGGCAAGAACAAAAUGUUUACUCAGAAGUACCUUUGCAUGAUUUAUACAUAAUCUGUUUACACUAAUCCUAAAAUAUUUUAUAAUCUCACAUUCUUGAUAUACUUGACCCUCCAUACCCAUGGGUCUGCAUCCACAAAGUCAACUAACUAUAGACCAAACCUGAAUAGCUGUGUACCAUAUAUGUACAGACAUGUUUCUUGUCAUUGUACCCUAAAGAACACAUCCUAACAACUGGUGACAUAGCACUUAUACUUUAUCAGAUGUUAUAAGUAAUCUAAAAAUGAUUUAAAGGAUACAGGAAGAUGUUCAUAGGUCAUAUGCAAAUAGUAGGCCAUUUUAUAUGAGGGACUUGAGCAUUCACAGAAUUUUUUUUUUUUUUUUUUUUACAGGCAGAGUGGAUAGUGAGAGACAGAGAGAAAGGUCUUCCUUUUGCCGUUGGUUCACCCUCCAAUGGCCGCCAAGGCCGGCGCAUCUCGCUGAUCCGAAGCCAGGAGCCAGGUGCUUCUCCUGGUCUCCUAUGGGGUGCAGGGCCCAAGCACUUGGGCCAUCCUCCGCUGCACUCCCGGGCCACAGCAGAGAGCUGGCCUGGAAGAGGGGCAACCGGGAUAGAAUCCGGCGCCCCAACCGGGACUAGAACCCGGUGCGCCGGCGCCGCAAGGCGGAGGAUUAGCCUGUUAAGCCACGGCGCCGGCCCAUUCACAGAAUUUGAUAUCCAUGGGGGUUAGGUAUAGGGAGACGGAUCCUGGAACCAAUUUUCCCAGUUUAUCAAGGGAAACUGUAUAACAUAGUACCAAGUAAAAAUUCACCCAAUGUUUUUCUCCCAAAGUUUAACUCUCUAUGAAUAUCUCCAUCUACUUUACCUUGACUAAUUUUUAGCCUCCCAGUUCCUUGAAGCAGUCUUUAAUUUCUGUUCAAAAUUCCUUUGAUUUCUAAUUAUAAACUGUUGGAAGACAGUUUUGUCUAUAUUGCUGGUACUAGACUUCUCAGUGUAAAUACUACAAUGUGCUUGCAUUGCCUAUGCGAAGGGCAGUGUCAUCUCAAAUUGCCUUAACAAGGCACAAGUGACUUUCUAUCAGGAACAUUAUCUAUGGGGGCUGACUUGUACCACUUUAUCUUUUUCAAGUCUAAUCUCAGUAUUAAACCUAUUUAAAACAAAAAACAAAAAACUCCUACUUUCCUAAAUGAGAUGAAUUAUUUAUUCCUCUACACUUGUAAAAUCAAAGUGCUUGAUCAAAGACCACACCAGUCUCAGAGAGAUAAUGCAAGUCCCUGUGUGUGAUUGUACUCCCUCACACCCACCAUACUGUCUCUGAUAAUAUUUCUAUUGUGAGAUCCUCACACACAGCCUACAUCAUCUUUCUCUUCUGUCAUUUCUUUUCUCUCCUUUUUGCACUUCUUUAAUUUUGGUUCUUUACAUGUGUUUUAGCAUGCCCUUUUCUUUGAACUUUGUAUGUUAAGAUUAUAUAUUUUUGUUUCCUUUCAGGUAGAGCAGGUCUCUUUUUGUUUCUCUGCUUUUAAGUCUGCUGAUUUUUAAAGAGGUAAAUGUUAGCUGUAGACCACAGUGCCUUGCUUCCCUUUGCUGCUACUUGGGAUAUGGGCAUUAGACGCACAGGAUGCUCUUUGGUAGCUGUUCAAGUUUAUCCACAAAUUUUAGCCAGUGUUUAAUUUUACUACACAUUUAUGCAACUUGUUCAUUACUACUUAACUAUUUCCAGAGUUUGUUCUGGAAUAAGGAUUAACUUACUCAGUUUGCAAUGUUUUUUUCCUCUAAUACAUAAGGAGCCAGAAAUAAGCUUACUGCUAAGUAGUUAACUUUGUAAACCCCCCUAGGCUCUACAUAAGAUCCCCUAGACACACCUCACUGUAUGUGUGUGUGUGUCUGGCUAAAAA